AUGCAAAACAAGUCAGAAGACACAGACGCAACGCAGUCGAACUUCGGACGCCGCACAUGGGACCGUGAGGAGUACGCCAGGCUAGCUCAAGAGGCCACGAACCAUGACCACCUUGCAAACCUCAAGGAGGGUCAGUUAGCGCUGCUCAAAGCCAAGUACACAGACCAUCACAAGCUGAUCCUGGAGGCAAAUAGAGACAAGAACAAGCGCGUGCUGACGACUGGGCUGACGUCUUACAAGAAAGGCAAGCAGUUUGGCUUUUACUGCGAUAUCUGCGAUAUGACGUUUAAGGACACACUGCAGUACAUAGAUCAUCUCAAUCACAAAAUACACCAGAUCAAGUUCGAGCAGGUAUUUGGCGAAAGCCUCGUCGCAGAUACGAGGGAUAACGAACACCUGGAUGCAGGGGAACUGGCAGGAGAGUACAAGGCACAGAUCGCGGCCUUUGUCAGGGACAACUCCACGAGAUCGGCCAAUGAAAAGCCAAAACGCACGAACCGGGUUGUUGCGAAAGAUGAAACAGGGGAAAGCGACGUGGAGAGGCUCCUGGGAUUCAAGUCAUUCGGUAGCUCCAAACGAUAG